AACAACUCAUGCUUGCGAUGCGACAGGCAAUUGGUCGAGGGGUGGGGUAUUGGAUCAAUGUGGCAGGCGGCUUAGCAUCUUACAGAAAGUGGGCGCGCCAAGGUCCAAUGCAAGCAUACGCGCAGAUCGUCUUCUCCCGUCUAUCCCAAUCAUCCCAUCCCUCCCUUCUCCCCAUGCUCGCCCUGCUGCAAUUUCGACCUUCCCCUUCUCCAGCGACUUGAAACUUGUUGACCUUCUUUCCAAUGGGAACGCCGUGCUGUGCAAACAAAUAAUCUGCUGCCAUGCGCCGCGUGCGCGAACCAGUGGCAGUCGUUGUCUCGGCCCGAACCUUGCGUUGCCAACCCUCUAGUGCUCUGAUCCAUCAUUUGGGCCAUCGAUAUUACCGCUUUGGGCAGCUUGUCCAGUGACUGAUUACCAUUUCCUAUCCGUUUGCCUACUG